AUGUUUACGCCAAAAAUAUGGCGUAGUGCCAACGAAGCUUUAAAGGAUAACUGCGUGGUUAAAACUGUGAAACAUGGUGGAGGAUCCGUAAUGGUCUGGGGAUGCAUGGCAGCACCGGAGGCCGGCAAAAUGGAAUUUAUAGAAUCAACAAUGAAAAAAAAAGAUUACCUCAAAAUUCUACAGCGCAAUGUUGCUCCUAGUGAUAAUGAUCCCAAACAUUCUGCUAAAAUUGUUAAAGAAUGGCUGCUGUACUGCACACACAAAACACUUGAUCAUCCUCCACAAUCCCCAGACAUUAAUCCAAUCGAACAUCUUUGGGAAUAUUUGGACAAAAAAACAAAACACAGUGUUACAGAAGAGACGUUAAAAAGUGAUAUCCAAGAGACAAUUUACAGUGACACAAAAACAACCACAACACGGAGAAUUUUGGAGCCAGCAGUAGGACGGACACACGCAGCACAACAACAACAAGGUACAACAUCGAGACCCGGAAAAAACCCCAAAUUCAAAAUAUGGCCGCUUACUUGCCCAACCAGGACUGCCGUCUGGACGAUCGAUCCAGACUCACCUGCCCGUCCAACAGCAAGAAGCGCCAAUCGACCCAUACGGCCAAUCCAUCGUCCCAGUUACACAUCCCCUGAAAGACGUCAACGAAGCCGAUCCGACGUAAGACCCCGCCAACGUCAAGAAAGACCUAGCUACUGGCAAUACUCAUGUGGACUAUGCCAAGAAGACCAUGCCCUCAGUGCCUGUGAGAGGUUCCGCCGGCAGACGCCCUUCCAGCGAUAUGAGACCGUGGAGCGUCGGGGGUAUUGCCGAAAUUGCCUGGCGAGAAGUCAUUUGGCCCCCGACUGCCCGUCUUUAACUGGUUGCCGGAGAUGCAACGACCGGCACCAUACCCUAUUGCACGGGGCGUCUCAAUUGGAGGAGGUAUCCCUAAAUAUAGAAGCCGUCACCACUCCAGCUUUCGCGUGGGACUUAGUAUUUGUACCGACGGCUAUGGUACGCAUAACGGCCGAGGGUAUGGAGGGUUUCAGCAUGUUGCGGGCCAUAGUUAGCCAAUCGGCGACGAUGUCCAAGAUCUCAUAUGCAGCUUUCCGUCGCCUGGGUCUGCAGUCGCGGAGCUACAAAGGGGAGCGAUUCACAACCUUCACAGUUUCGCCCCGCCGCACGAACAGUACUUGGAGUCUGAAGGUAAAUGCCGUAAUUAUCGAAGAUCUCCCAAGACGCAUUUACUCGGACCCAAUACUUGAAGACCCCACUAGAUGCUUCACGAGCUACGCCUUAGCUGACCCUGAUCCCAGAGGAAAUAGUCCGAUCGAUGUGGAACUGGGAGCGGACACGUACUCCGCCAUAAGGAAAGAUGGGUGUACAGCAGCUGGAAUUGGAGAUGUCCUGGCCUACAACACUCAACUGGGCUACGUGUUUGCUGGGCCAAUCAAGAACAUGCCGAGGAACUGAAGACCGAAGAUCCUUAUGGUAUAUUAGAAAUUAAUACUUACACUUGUCAUUCGGGGCCCAGAAAAUGUUCAUAAUAUUGCUAUUAAUUUGCCCAACACUGUUGGUUGGAUAUUUACCGGCGGCCGCAUAAAUGGCAUCAUAACAAAAUGAUGUAAAUAAUGUAAACACUUACACAUACACACAUACAUUUAUGCAGCCACCGGUAAAUUCCAAUGCUGAAUUCCAAUAAAUAAGCAUCGUCAACAGCCAUAACAGGUUUGAUGUGACGAUGCAAAUUGGAGAAUAAUCAGUUCUCAAGCAAUUACCGUCGCGAAAACAAGUUUCCCCCCGAGUGACAAGUGAUCAACUUAUCUAAUUAACAUUUAACAUAGAACACAGUGAACAACAACAACAACAAAAUUACUAAAUAUACAAAAAAGGAAUAUUUUACAUACAGUGGACAUUAUUUGUUAACAAAAAUUGCAACAAAUUUACACAACACAAAAAUAUUA